AUGCCUGCCACGCCCGUGCCGUUGGUGAUAGACACGGAUCCCGGUGUAGAUGACUUGCUUGCCAUCAUCCUUGCACUCGGCUCGCCAGAAGUUUCGCUGGAAGCAAUUACGCUUUCGUUUGGAAACACGACCUUGGACUACGCCUAUGCAAACAUUCAGCGCAUCGCGCAUGCCCUAAAGGUUACGGCCAAGGAAGGCGCGCUGAAUAACACGGUACUUGCCGAGCGCGUCGAGCACGGCACGCAUGGGAAACCUAUCCGCGUCGCGAUGGGCGCUUCCAAGCCUCUCGGCGGCCGCAUGUUUACCGCGAGCUACUUUCACGGUCGCGACGGCAUGUCGGGGGUCUCAUUCCUCCCGGGGAACCCAUUCCCAUGCGCGGAAUCCUCUGCCUUGUUUGGAUCCGCACCGGAUCCCAUGCCGGCGGACGAGUUGCUACUCGACAUUUUGAAACAGCAUCCUCCCGGCACUGUCCGGAUCGCUGCCGUUGCACCGCUGACGAACCUUGCACUUGCGUUCCUCAAAGAUCCAGUCACCUUCCGCCGUGUCGGGAUGAUCAGUGUUAUGGGCGGCGCGCUGGAUCUCCCAGGGAAUACGUCGCCUGUUGCAGAAUUCAACUUUUUUGCCGAUCCAUGGGCCGCCAAGGUGCUGCUGGAGGAUGCUGUGAAAGAAGGAGGGUAUUUGCCCAUCUCCCUCUUUCCGCUGGACGUCACUACACUGCACACGCUCCCAUACAGCAAGCUCGUACGCGACGAGCACGAUGCAUUGUACCAAAAGAGUACACUGGUCCGCCUCAUUUCACAUUUCCUGCGCAAGCCGCGCGCUGUGACGAACUCGUUUGCGCCACCGGGCACGCCAUUUGACGCAGCCAAGUACGAUCUAUUUGAAGCGCAUGACCCGCUCGCCAUUGCACACUGCAUCUUUGCCUCGGCACCGCAUCUGGAAUGGAAAACCGCUUUUCGUGUAUUCCUCCUGGAAACGGACGGAACGCGCACGCGGGGAUUCUGUGUCGUCGACAGGCGCAACCACGGCACACCGAUCGAGGGACAAAACAAGGCCGAGCUUGAGGAGCGCAAUGGAGCGCACGAUGAGCAUGGGAUCGAGGAUACAAAAACGGCCAUCGCUGCACAAGACGUGCCGGGCGCAAACGUCGCGACCACAACCCCGGGCGCUGCAUGGUUUGCGGAGAUGUUUUUGGAGCGACUUGGGAUGGCCACAUAA